CGAUCCGUUCCGAAUGCUAUAUAAAUAUCGUGCGUUCAACUUAUAGUCCUCAUUCUGUUGGAGUUGCUCGUUCAGGUUUCAACUAAGAACAGUAAGAAGAAGCAGCUUUCUUUCCUCGUUCAUCAACAAUGGCACGUCCUGCACUUACUUUCACGUUGCUGAUCGCAACAGCCAUUUGCCUAAUGGCCACCAAAGCCGAAGAGCAACCAACAGUUGGAGAAGCGGAAAAUCGCCAAGCAAAACAACUUUACUUGGCACCUCAAUACUAUCCGGCAAACACCCAAUUUUACAACCCCGAUAGCAGUCGAUAUGGAAAUCUCUACGCUUCACCAUAUGCCGUGCCUGCAGUAGAGCCAUUCGUCGGCGAUAGCCAGGAUGCCGGUUACGCCUAUGGUUAUCCAUUAUUAGCUUUCGGCGAUGAAGGCUCUGCUGAUUGGAGACACUUUAAGGCUGGAGGUCAUGACGGAAACAUAGGGAAAUGGUGGAAAAAGAGUUCGAACAGAUUCGCAACAAUUAGUAUCUUCCCAGCAGAUAACGAGUGUCUGGUUGCCAGAAUUAAGGAAGAUGGCCUCGGACCUUGCAAAGAAGCAUCGCAGGCGGAACAGGGAACUAUUGAAAUCGAAUUUCCCCCAUUGGCUGAUCCCGACGAUCGUCAAUUAGCUAUCAUCGGCAUCACAGCUGAUUCUCAGAGACACACCCGUGUCAAGUUGAUUUGUACCGAGUUGGACGGAGCAAUAAAUUUCUAUACGCAAACUGGCGAAAUCGACGGUUUGGGGGGUACCCCAAGAACCGAAGUAGGAUACCUGCAACUUGUUGUUGCAGGCACUUCGGCGGCCGGAGGUUCAUUGAAAUGCAGUUGGGUGUCGUACCAUCAUUAUACGGCCAUGUAUCCUUAAAGUUCAUAUAUCGGUAGUUUAUAACCGACCAGUCUGUUUGCUCCAGCUAACCGUCAUUAAUGAGUCAGUGUAUAUUGGCUGUACUUGCCAUUAGCGACGAAUAUUGGUAGUAUUUAUUUUAUUCCCAAGUAAGGUCUGAUUUUAGAUGUCUGAUAUAUAAAUACACAUAUUUGCAAAAGCUGAAA